UGCACGAUUAAAUAGCAAGCAUCGAUUAAAAUCUCUCGCAAAAUAAAAAGAAAUAAAACACUUCUUCAAGGUAUUAGUCAGAGAUUACUCCUGUUUCCAGUAAUGAUCCACCCACCGUUAUUAAUAAAGGCACUGAUGGGGUUUAGAGAGAGAAUCUCCCUCGGUUUGAUCUGCAGCAGUAUUUAACCUCAGAUCGUUGCCAUUUAUACUUAACAAGAGAAAAAGAUCAUUUGUUUGUGAUUGUCUUCACCCUACAAACUCCAGCUCUGGUCCAUGCUACAGUUAUACCGCUCUCGAGGACAAAUGGAGAACUCUCUUGUUGAAUGGAGUGGCUGGUAUCGUCUGUAUCUGAACGGUGCGUGAGUUAUAUGGGAUGUGGUGGUGGAACAGGACUGUAUCUCAGCGGCUCUCAUCGUUUGAGGAUGGAGUGGUGACCCGUCAAGUUGGGAAAGGUUAUAUAUGGUCUAACCCGGUGUGACAACUACACAUCUACGUUCAGCCUGCCCAGGAGAUUAUUACGUCUAUAAACUUGUCAAGCCAGAUGUGUCGAUCUACAUGCCUUCAUAUUGGGCAGGUCAAAAUGAAGUUUCUAGUCUGUGUGUCGCUGCUGCUGCUGAUUUACGAACCUACAAAUUCCAGCUCCAAUCCAUGCUAUAAUUAUACCACUCUUGAUGAAUAUUGGAGAGACAUACGGCAAAACCGGUACGGAGAGUAUUAUGACCACGACGACACUCUUGUUGAAUGGAGUGGCUGGUAUCGUCUUUAUCUGAAUGGACAAAGUGCCCAGAUGUCUGAGUGGUGUGUGACUGUACCGUGUGGAGGCAAAACUACACUCUUUCUCAACGGUUCUCAUCCAACACUUCAGGAUGGAGCGGUGACUCUUGAAGUUUUGGGAAGUUUUCCAUCGUCUAACCAGUGUGGCGUCUACAGAUCUACAUCCAUCCAAGUCAAAGCCUGUCCAGGAGACUAUUACGUCUAUAAACUUGUCAAGCCAGAUGUGUUGACGCCUGCACCAACAUACUGUGCAGUGUCUUUCAGCAACAACAGCAGUGAUCCCUGCUACAACUAUGAGUCUCUGGAUCGUCCCUGGAGAGCCAACAAUGAAAGUGGAGACUACAUUUGUGAUAACUCUUUUUCCUGGAGCGGCUGGUACCGGUUUUUCUACUAUGGAAUGAACAUCCAGAUGUCAGAGACCUGUGUUAAUUCAUACAGCUGUAGCACAUACAAUACUCUGUGGCUCAAUGGUCCUCAUCCUGAGAUUGAGGAUGGAGUGGUGAUCAGAGAAGUCUGUUCAGGGACCUAUUGGGGUGAAUGCUGUUCUGAUAAGACAAUGCCCAUCAGAGUGAAAGCAUGUCCAGGAAAUUACUAUGUCUAUGAACUUGUGAAUCCACAGGUCUGGUGUUCAGGAUACUGCACAGAUGUCAAAACCAUUUCACGUGUGAUUUCCUCUGCAAGUCCACACAAUAUCACUGGAUCCAGCAUCACACUGAAUUAUGACCCAUGCAAUAACUACAACAUACUCAACAACCACUGGAGAAACACACUUGUUAGGUAUAUAUAUGAAUCAUAUUAUUAUCACGAUGACACUCGUGUUGAAUGGGACGGCUGGUAUCGACUCUUCAUUGAUGGAUCGAGUGCUCAGAUGCCUGAGAUGUGUGCAUCUUUCACAUCAUGUGGAGGAUUUAGUUCUCUGUCUCUCGGUGGCUCUCAUCCUCGUCUAGAAGAUGGAGUUGUUACCCGUGAAAUUUACGGCUCUCACUAUUUUCAGUGCAGUUACUACAGAUCUGAACCAAUCCAAGUAAAAGCCUGUCCUGGAGAUUAUUAUGUGUACAAAUUCACCCGACCAACUGUUUCAAUCCCAGCUCCUGCAUAUUGUGCAGUGCAUUUAUCCAGCCUAAGUACUAAUCCCUGCUACAACUACACCAGUCUUGAUGAGCCUUGGAGAGCCACAAAUCAUUCCGACAUUAGCAUGUGUGAUGAUAAUGUGGAGUGGAAAGGCUGGUACAGGAUGUUCUACAACGGUCAAAGUGUCAAGAUGUCAGAAUCGUGUGUUAGAUAUGGCAUGUGUGGCACUUCUACACCACUGUCACUCAACGGAUCUCAUCCACAAUUGAAAGAUGGAGUGGUCACCCGUCAGGUCUGUGUUUCUUUAUCGAAUGUCUGCUGUAUUUACACGUCCCAUCUGAUAAGAAUCAAAGCCUGUCCUGGAGAUUUCUAUGUUUAUGAGUUUGUCAGGCCACCAUUUUGUUCAGCGUACUGUGCAGAUGUUGGAAGCCUGCAUGAGACUUCAACCACUGACCCCUGUGCUCAACUCAACUGCUCUGAGGAUGAAUGGUGUGGAGAGAAAAAUGGUGUCUAUGGCUGUUUGUGUAACAAGAACCAAACCAGAUCGGAUUAUUUAGAUUUCUCAGAAAGCUGUGAAAGCAGCUCUGGCUCCAUGUCUGUGUCUCGCUGUCAGCUCUUUGAGGCUGGUUUUCCGGCUGACGUCUUACACCUCAAUGAUCCCAGCUGCAGAGGAACGGUCCGGAACGGCAGAGUGGAAUUCCAUUUUGAUAACGAUGAACAUAUCUGUGGCACAAAUCUUGUGGCCAACGGCACCCACUUCAUCUAUAGUAACUAUAUUCUGGGGUCACCGAGGUCAGAAGGUCUCAUCAGCAGACAGAAAAUCCUCAAGCUUCCUUUCAGCUGUGUUUAUCCUCAAACACAAUCACUUUCCAUGAAUGUGGAAAUCAACCCACUGGAGAGCGUUGUGCGCAAGACUCUCCCCGCUGGUGAAGGGAGAUAUCAGGUUCGGAUGACUCCAUAUGAGGAUGAUGAGUUUACCCGGCCCUUCACUGGUAGAGUGAAUGCAGAGCUGGACCAGAAGAUGAAUGUGGAAGUUCGUGUUGAGGGGGUGGACAGCCGUCAGUUUGCUCUGGUGAUGGACACGUGUUGGGCUACACCUGUGAAUGAUCCUGAUUACAGUCUCCGCUGGGAUCUCAUCGUUAGAGAGUGUCCGAAUCCAAACGACGACACAGUGGAGCUGCUGCAGAACGGCGUCUCGACAUCCAGUCGUUUCUCCUUCAGGAUGUUCAUCUUCACUGCAAACUCCACCAAACUUUACCUGCACUGCGCUGUUCACCUGUGUCUUCUGUCGAGCAAUAGCUGCUCAAAGGACUGUAACUCUGGACACCAGCAGAGAGAGCGCAGGUCUCUGGACUUCCACGACAGUGCUUCCAUAUGCAUGGGUCCUCUGAUGUUGUCUAAAGGAAACACAGAUAAGUGAGUCCCAGUGAAGAUGUCUGGGUGCUUCUUGUCUCUGAUGUGAUUCCAUGUUUCUCUGAUGAGUGUACUGACCCUCUAUUAGUAUUUUAUCCCAAAACUGUGCAACAAUUUACAUGCAAAUUGUAAUGAAUAAUGCCACACUGGUUGCUUGUUUCAUAACAUAACAUGACAUUUUUUGUCUGUCAUCUGAUCAAACUGUAUGCAAUAUGUUUUAAACUGACACAACACAGGAAAACGUGCAAAAAGGAAAAAGAAAUCAUGAUCAAAAAUGCAUGUGUAGCUGUAGACAUUUCAGAAAAAAAGCAAAACUCUAGUAAACUGUACGCCUUUAAAGAAUGUUGCAUGUUGAGUUCUUUCUUAUAAGAUUGGGUUGCGUUUUCAUAAAUUACCUAAAUUAUAAAGAAAUUAUAUUUUUCAGCAUUUGCUAUGUUCACAUGAGCAUUAUGCCACUCUCUUUGAACUCAUCAAAGCCACAGGAAAGUACCUGAAAAUUACUGCUGUCAUAUGACUGAUUAAUCAUGUUAAACUGCAUUCAAAA